AUGGCGGGAGAGCGCGCGCUGGGGCUGGUGCGGGAGCUGCGGCGGGCAUCGGACGGGCACCUGCCGCCCUUCCAGACGGAGGUGCUGCGGCAGGCGCUGGAGGAGAUGCGGGCGCUGUACGAGCGGAACCAGGCAGACGUGUCCGACGCGAAGUCAGGACGGACGGAGCUGAUCUUCCUCAUCCGCUUCCGGCACUGCUGCCUGCUCCGAAACCAGCGCUGCAUCCUGGCUUACCUAUACGACCGGCUGCUGCGGAUCCGAGCCCUCAGGUGGGAGUGUGGCAGCGUCCUGCCCAACACCAUCCAGUUCCACAUGUCUGCUGAGGAAGUGGAGUGGUUCAACUGCUACAAAAAGUCUCUGGCUACGUACAUGAGGUCAGUGGGAGGAGAGGAGGGGCUGGACCUUACACAGGACCUGAAACCUCCUAAAAGCCUCUACAUUGAAGUGAGGUGUUUAAGGGACUAUGGAGAAUUUGAGAUCGAUGAUGGGACCACCAUCCUGUUGAAGAAGAACAGCCAGCACUUUCUACCCCGCUGGAAAUGUGAGCAGUUGAUCAGGCAAGGAGUCCUGGAGCACAUCCUGGUGUAGGCCUGGAGGCCAGCAGGGACAA